AUGUUCCAUUCAGCCGAGACGUCGUCCUACUACAAUUGGAAAAAGAAGAAGAAAAUUGGGUUCGGCGAUUCGACUUUAUUGACGUCCUGGCUUCACAAAUUAUUGGUCAUGUCAUUCGUUGGCCUUUUGUGUUGCGCCAGUUUGGCCAAAGCGGAGAAAAACAAGCAUUAUCACGUGGCUUCGCUUUGCAAGAGCCAUUUUCUGCAGCAACUCUAUCGCAAGAUCGAUGGCGCCGUUUUGAGGUCUCAAAACGAGCACAAUUUGGAUUGCCUCAUCACAUUCCAGACGGAGACGGUCCUGCAACGUUUCAUGCUGCGUUUCGAUCAACUUCAACUCGACUGUAACGAUCACUUGUUCAUUUACGACGGAGCUCACGCCACAGGAGUUUACAAGGCUGACCUUUCGUGUCGACACACGCGACAAAGCGUAGGCACCAUCACUACACGAACCAACUUUGUCACGCUCAAAUACGUCACAGACGCUUGGGGCACCGAAACCAGCGGUUUUCAUCUGGUCGUCACCGCUUUUAAAGAUAAAACGGAACUUGUUUGCCGGGAUUUUCGCUGCGCUCAAAAAGACUUUUGCAUCUCAACUGAUUUGCUUUGUGAUGGUGUCAACCAUUGCGGAGACAAUACGGACGAAACAACCACAUCCCUGUGUGCAGAUAGCGAACAACAUUUCAAAAUAUUGGGAUUGAACUUACCCGUCUUUGGAGCCGUAGCCGGAAGCAUUGGUGUCGUCAUCAUCUGCGCUGUCACGGCCAUCGUUGUCGUCUGCUGUUGUCGCCGAACCAAAACUCCCACACAAUCCAAUACAACUGCUACUGCUCAUUCCAGUGGCAAUAACGGAUUGAGACUAGCUGAUGAUGGAAACAGCAAACCAACAGCAAAUUCGACAGCAAACGACUCGUCGGUUAUUGCAGCCGUCAAAACGUUGCCGACGAGCAGUGGCUACAUGACACUUCCCUUGAAUAAAUCAUCAGUCACCAUGUCGGGAAACCGGCAUCCCCCUGCAAUCGAUCAGGGCCAUUUUCUUCUUCGAGUUACAAUAAUGGGACUGCAGCUGCUCAAAGCAUCGCAUCUUCUCAGCAGCACCUCUCCUAUCAUCACUCGCAGCAGUAUAGCACUUUGCAGAGGCACCACCAUCAAGAAAACAGUUCGACUGCUUCUCAGCAGCAGCAGUUCCAACUUUUGGUGCCUGGCAAUAUGAAAAUGGCCGUCUCGGACAGUGAUGGAGCUUCAAAUAAUAAAGACGAAUGGUUUGUCUAACUUUGAGCUCGUUACCAGUCGACUGCAGGGGGUUUUCGCGUUUUUUGAGACUAAAAAGUGUGAAGAUCCAGGGAUAUACUACAAAAAGGAUAUCUGCAUAAUCAUUACUAUACUUAUUGGAUAUUAUUUUAAAAUCAGACCAUUCUUUUGUGUUUUUCCUUGUGGGCUGUGGCCAACCACCCACACACACAACCAUUACUUGCAUAUCUGUUGAAAGCAGUCUGAUCUAGUAAGCCGUACUUGUAAACCACGCGGGUGAUUCCACCAUGUUUCUUUUGUCGAAGUACUAAAUAACGUAAGAAAACUUUAACAUAUCGAUGAUCCGUUAUAACAAAAUUCAUUUUCCUUUAACUCAUUUUGUUUACCAAAUACAAGAUCCACAACCAA